AUGAUCCGAGCAAUUGAUAAGGCCGCCAUUCACCACAUAUGCUCGGGACAGGUGGUGUUGGACGUGGCGGGGGCGGUGAAGGAGCUGGUGGAGAACAGCCUGGACGCGGGGGCGACGAGCGUGGAGGUGCGCCUUAAGGACUUUGGCGCGGAGCUCAUCGAGGUGGCGGACAACGGCUGUGGCGUCGCACCUCCCAACUGGCAGGCACUGACCCUCAAGUACCACACGUCCAAGAUCGCUCAUUUUGCCGACCUCCAGUCGCUGUCCUCCUUCGGCUUCAGAGGGGAGGCCCUUUCCUCCCUCUGCGCCCUCGCCCACGUCACCAUCACCACCCGCACCACCAACGAGCCAAUAGCAACGCGCCUGGCGUUCGACCAUGCGGGAAAGCUCCUAGACGCCCCUCGGGAACAGGUCGCCCGGGCAGUUGGAACGACGGUCAGCGUGGCGAAGAUUUUCUCGCCGCUGCCCGUGCGGCGGCGGGAGUUUGAGCGGAACGUGCGGCGCGAGUUUGCGAAGCUGGUGAGCGUCUUGCAGGCGUACUGCGUGGUGUCCACAGGCGCGCGCAUCCUCUGCACCAAUCAGAGUGGGCGCAGCAGCGCGCGCACCACUGUGGUGCAGACAGCUGGCACGGGGUCGAUGCGGGAGAACAUCAUUGCUGUGUUUGGCGCCAAGGCCGCUGCGGGCCUGGACCCAGUCGACAUCACCUUCCCUCUCUCCGCUGCUGCCGCCGCCACUGCUGCUCCUCCUGCUACUGCUGCUGCUACUCCUCCUGCUGCUAAUGGCACAGCUGCCACUGCCCCUGCGCCGCUACCAGCCUCCUGCUGCAGAGUAACCGGGUUCCUGUCAAGGCCAGGAGCGGGCAGUGGGAGGUCAUCGGGCGAUCGGCAGUUCUUCUUCCUCAACGGCCGCCCGGUGGAUCUGCCGCGCCUCUCCAAGCUGCUCAACGAGCUCUACCGCUCCUUCAACUCCCUGCAGUUCCCCGCCGCUUUCUUAAACGUUUCGCUUAGCGCGGACGCGUACGACGUAAACGUGACCCCCGAUAAGCGCAAGGUGUUUCUGCACUCCGAGGCCGCGCUGCUGUCGGGGCUGAGAGCGGCUUUGUCGGAUUUUUACUCUCCGGAUAGGUAUGUCUACCGAGCCGCGCCGGCUGGUUCGGUGGGGAAGGAGAUUGAGGAACGGUACGAGGGGAGGGAAGAAGAAAAGGAGAAGCCAUCGGAGGACGAGGAGAAGGCCGCAUGGCAGCAGCAGGAGGAGCAGCACGUGGGGGUGUGGGCACUCUGCAGUGGAGCGCAGGGGAUGGGCAGGCAGAGGGCGGGGAGAGGAAGGGUGGGGGGAGGUGCGGAUGGGAGACAGGCGGGGCUUGAUGCUUGGCUGGGGAAGGGGGUUGGGGGCGGACAAAAGGGAAGGGGAAGCGGGGGAGGCAAGAUUGGCGGAGUGGAUGGGGGGGGACGUGUGAGGGGGAGAGCUGGGGAUGGUUGGUUGGAAGAGGGUGGGAAGGAGUUGGAGGGGAAAGUAGUGGCGAUAGAGGAGGAUGAGAGGGAGGAGAAUGGGAAGGAGGAUGAGAGGGAGGAUGACGAGACAGAGGAGGAUGGGGAUUGUGAUGAGGUAAGGGAAGUGGAGCAGGAAGAUGGGGAGGCAGGGGAAAUUCAAGUGCAAAGGAGUGCAAGGGAAUGGAAAGGAGCAGAAAGGAAUGAUGAAGAGAGCAAUUGUGGUGUCCUAUGUGCGGUUGAUGGUGGCUUGCAGGAGGCAACCCGGGAUGAGUGGGCAGGGAAAAAUGUUUUGGAUCUGCCCCUGAUGACUCAAGAGAUGACCCAAGCUGACCUGCCCGAACUGGUGGGCUCACAGCUGCUGCCCGGCACCCAGUUGGCCGGGCAGCAGGAGGGUUUUGCAGCGGCGGUUGCAGAGGGGGCAGGGAAGGGGAGAUGUUGUGGCGGGCACACAGGGGAGUUGGAAGGGGGCGAGGAAGAAGAGGGAAUUGGAGGGGCUAGGGUAGAGGGAGUGGAGACAAAAGAGGGGGCUGCAUUGGGUCCGACGCUAGUGGCAUGGUCAGGCGCAGGAUGGGAGGUGAGGCGCGGAGAGGGCAGCGUGCAGGUGCAGUUUGACAUGCGGCGCGUGCAGCAGAGGAGCUUUGCAGCAGCAUCGGUGGCUGAUGGUGUGAGUAAUGCUGCCCACAGCAGUGGUGGAAUGAAGAUUCCGCAUGGCGAGGGGGAGGGCAAGGAGGCGGCGCUGGAGGCGGCAGCGAGGGAGCUGGAGCGGCGGUUUGACAAGCGCGACUUUUCUAGCAUGGCUGUGAUUGGCCAGUUCAACCUUGGGUUCAUCAUUGGACGGCUGGGAUCUGAUCUCUUCAUUGUGGACCAGCAUGCGUCGGACGAGAAGUUUAACUUUGAGCGCCUCAUGCAAUCCACAGUGCUCAACAGGCAGCCGCUGCUCAUACCUCAACGGCUGGAUCUGUCGCCAGCCGAGGAAGUGAUUGUAUCGGCACACAUGCCAACGUUCAGAUCCAACGGCUUUCAUUUCUCCGUGGAUGAGAGUGCUCCAUCCGGCCGUCGGUUCCGCCUCUCUGCCGUCCCUUUCUCUAAGAACAUUGUCUUUGGUGCUUUUGAUGUGUGUGAGCUCAUCUCAAUGCUGGCGGAUGCGCCUCUUCCCGAAACGGAAUCUGCUGCUCACUCUGCCACUGUCACUGACACUCUCCGUUUCCAUGCAACUGCUGCUGCAAAAGAUGCAACGAGCGGCAUAACGAGUUCUGGAAACCACCAAGAAGCUUCUCUGCGUGCAAGCUCAACAAGUUCACUGCGCAGCGAGAGGUCCGGAGGUGCACCAGCAAGUUGUAGCGGUGCGGCCAUCACGGGUGCAGUCCAUGCUGGCUUCAAGAGCGUGCAGGAGCUCUGUGAUGAUCGGCACGGCACUCAGCCAGGUGCAGAUGAGCAAGAUCCUCUGCCAGCUCUCAACGUUGCAAUCGCCUUGGAAUUGUCCCCAUGGUCGACCAACCAUGCGCCACCUAUUUGA